GGUUGUAAAGGACCAGAUAAGCCACUCUGGGAAUGGGACCACAAAUCAGAAGCAAGAAGAACUUUGCCUUCUUUCGGGUUUUCCCACUCCGAAGACAUCUUUUCAUCCAAAGGGAAUAAAAACUUUUUUUCCUCCAAGCAGGUGUAAGAAAAUCACAAAUGGGAUAAAAUACUUCUUUCUUUUGCCAAAUAGGCAUAGCCCUUAACUUCCUUUUAAAAAAGUUGGAUGCUUGAGAAUAGAGCUUUUUUAAAAGCAUUUAUGACAUGCUUUUAAGUGAGGUGUGGAGCUCCUGCAGUCUCUGCUCUCUCCUAGAAUAAAGCAGCGGAAGUCUUUUGUUAGAAAGGCUGUGAUUUCUAAAGGUGCGUCUCUGGGGCCCUGUGGUGUAUGGCGCUAAAAGGUGUCGAAGCAGGCAGAGAGGUUUAUUGGUUUCCAUCUGAGUUACAAUGGCAAAGUGGUUCAAGGAGUUCCCCAUCAAUCUGAAGAACGGUACCGACAGGAUCCGCUCAGCCUCCGAGUCAGGCUCACAGCCCAGAGCCAGUAAAGUCGGGCUGGUGGCCAGCAUCGGUACCAAAACAACCGGCUCCAAAAACCGCAAAAACUCCUCUGGUGACAGCCCAGGCGGAGGUGGAGGAGUUGGGUCCCUGCUGUCCGGGAGGAACCGAAAAAACUCGGCUAUAGAGUUGAGUAAAAACGGUGUCAGCAGCUCCCAGAAAGAUGGGAAAGUUUGGGACAACCUGCUGUCUGGGGGGAAAAGUCGCAAGAACUCCAAAGCCGAGCCAGUGUUUGAGGAGCAGCACAGACCGCUGAAGAGCUCUCCAUCCGCCAACGCUUACAUCAGCAGACUGAUCCGAGUGGACAAACAGGACAAAAGCCCAAACUUCAACAGCAGCUCCAUCAGCAGCACCAACCAAGUGGUACCUGAAGCAGAGAAACCAGCCCAAUGCAAGACAGAGACGGUGAUCAUCCUUGAGGACUAUGCCGACCCCUUUGAUGCUCAGAAGACCAGAGAGCAGAGGGAGGCGGAGCGGCUCGGGGAGAACGAUGGUUACAUGGAGCCGUAUGACGCGCAGCAGAUGAUCACUGAGAUCAGACGUCGGGGGUCCAAGGACCUGCUGAAGGUGUGUGUGCUGAUGGAGGCGGGCGAGGGAGCGGUGGAGGAGGGUCAGCCGGCGCCCGUACAGAUAUAUGACGUCCCAUAUGAGGGAAGCGCUGAUGUAGAGAAGACGGCGGUCACAAGGCCUGAGCUGGAUCCCCGACCCUCCACUGAGUACGAGCUGCCUUGGGAGUGGAAGAAGGAGCAUAUCGUCAGAACUCUGUCAGCACAGUUUGACAGCCCUGAACGCCAAGCCAAGGAUGAGACGCUUCACCCCACACUCACCAGGCAGCAGCAUCAGCAUCUGAGGCAGAAAAGCUGGACCCAGAAGAUCCUGCGGUCCUCUCCUCCAACCCUGUCCCCGUCCUCCGCCCCGGAGACUGACAGCUGCUGCGUUGACCCCUCCCUGCCCCUGGAGAAACAGAGCUGGUACCAUGGCUGUGUGACUCGUCAGGAGGCGGAGUUUCAGCUGCAGUCCUGCAGAGAGGCCAGCUUCCUGGUCAGGAACAGCGAGUCGGACAACAGCAAGUACUCCAUCGCCCUCAAGACAAGUCAAGGCUGCGUUCACAUCAUUGUUGCCCAGACCAAAGAAAACGGCUACACCCUGGACCAGAGCAGCUGCGUGUUCCCCAGCAUCCCAGAGGUGGUGCACCACUACUGCACCCAGCGUCUGCCUUUCAAUGGCGCCGAGCACAUGACCCUGCUGCACCCCGUGCCUCGCAUCCACUGA